GUAGCGUCUUAAAACAGGAGGCAGUCGUAACUCAUAUGGGUAUUAAGUGAAAACGCCGCAACGGUUCGUUAUUCAAGCCCAGGUCCAUUAUUAACACUAGCCCAAUCAAAAACAAAGCCCAACCAAACUAAAGGAAAAGAAAAAGAAAAAGAAAGAAAGAGCUGGCAGAGAGAAGAAGAAAAACCCCUAAACCAGCAAUGCGCUGGGUGUUAGAAUUUCGAUGGCCGUUGUUUAUAUUUCCCUCCAAACCCCUCUCCUUCCCUUCCGACCACCCCAUUGCUCUCAUUUCCCCAAAUCCCGCACCAUCUUUCCCAUUCUGCCCCUCACAAACCCCCGAAAUCUCCUCCCUCUCCUUGCCCGUUCUUCUCCCAAGGCCGUCCCAACCACAGAACAAGAGGUCCUUCGGGCCGUGGCAGAGUCCGACGACAACAGCCUCCCUAUCUUGAGAACUUAUGAAAAUGACUUGGCGCGGCUCACUCUCGUUGGAGCUGCCGAUUUUGAGCAGGCUUUGACUGCUGCUGCAGCCGACGGAGGCCAAGCUGCCUCCGAGCACAUUGACUCUGGCAUGCCUGCCAUGGUCGUGGAAACCGUAUAUCCUGGCCCUUCGGAUCAGCAUAGCACCGUCUCCACCCGGUUGUUCCUUCCUGCCACAAAAGUUAAAGAAAAAGCCAGUAAGCUGAGAAGCUCCAUUGCUGAAGAUAUUUUGUCUAGUACGCCUUCUAGAAAUAUACUUGCCAUGACUUUCAGACAAGUAGUGUUGCAACAGCUUUGGGACUUUGAAAUUGUUAUUUUUAGACCUGGAACAGAGAGAAAUAUGGAUGACCUUGAAAACCCAAGAGAGCAGGUUACUGCAUCGUUCACCCUUAGCUCAUCCGAUGAACGGGUAUUCUCUGCGCUUGCAGAAGCUGUCUGCAUCUCUGCUCUUCAGAGUACUGAAAGGAAUUUCCUUCACAAUUAUCUGGGAAAAGCUUCAAGUGGUUUAUUCAAUUGGUUUCAAAAGACUAGGAGGAUUGCAUCAAGCGAUUCUUCAGUGAUCAUUUACGAUAUAUUCGAAGACAGGAUCAUUGAAAAUGCCAAGAUUCUACUAGAAGAUUUUAAUUUAACCAAGGAACAUUUUGUACCUCAAAGAAACAAACCUAAGUUCUAUUCGUGGACACCAUCUGCACACUCUAAGUUGGAAAAGAUUGGCGGUCCUGAUUUUAGUGCUUGGACAAGUGAAUAUAUUCCCGCAUACAGGCUGCAAAUUGAUGCUGAUCGACUUAGAAAUGUAAAAUUUGAAGGAUGGAGAAAAUCUGCACAGAAUAGGUGGGAAGUCCUUUUGACACACUCCCAAAUGGUUGGUUUGGCAGACAUUGUAGAUAUGUAUUAUGAGGAUAUCUAUACACUACCCAACAAAGAACUAGCUUGUGGUGUGAUUGCAAAUUUUACUAAUUUGUCUAAUAAAAAGAGGAGCUCUAUCUUGUUGAAAAUGCUCUCUGUCACCCUUGCAAGUGGAAUUUUUCUGAUAGCAAUUAGCGCACUUGGUCAAAUUUGUUUGCCUCAACUUCACAAGUUUGGAAAGCAAACUGGAGAAUAUAGGCCUCUUCCAUCGUCUGACGUUGAUGGUUCACUGCAUGAGUCUCUAAAUACAGCUGAGUUGGAAGCAUUUUGCACCUCAGUUGUCAAAAGGAUAAAGGAUGCUUUAGGUUGGUCCGGUGAGAUAAUUGCAGAAUCAAAUGUGGGUGUCUGGACUGGCAAAUUACCAAGUUACUUGAGGAUGGUAGUUGAAGAUAAUUCUAGUAAUGAAGACAUUUCAACUAUUUCUUCCUCCUCAGAGAAUAUUGAUGCAGAAAUGAAGACAUCAGCACAGGAUAUUGCCACAUAUCAGGUUGUUCUGUCAGCAGAUGGAAAAAUUAUCGGGUUCCAACCUAUGAGCCGUGUGGCUGUCAAUCAGUGGGCUGCCAAUCCCUUAGCAGCGGAAUUAUAUGGUGGGAAAAAACUUUCCCCUGGUCUGAUUGAACGUAGUCUCAAGGUCCCCCAGCCUAGAGACAUAGUUGUCAUAGAGUUGUUGAUGUCAGUGAAACCGGAUGGCUAUUUUGCUUUGGCCAGGCCAGUUCGAUGAUACUGGUUGCUUAAAAAGUCAUCAACGGAGCUACUGGGAAAAAAUAUUGGAUAACGUAGGAGUAGAAGCCCGAAAAUUUGACUUGCGUUCUGUACGAAUUUCCCUGGAAAAAGCUACCUAAACCUCAUGCAUAACGUGGCUCAUCGGGAGGUAAUUUCGAAUGAUUAGAUGGCUGUGCCGAAACACGCUGCUGAACAAAAAGAUUCUUUUUAUGUGGGAGGAGGAACCUCGUCUUUCUUGUGAUGGUUCGAUGGUAAUGGGAGCAGCAUCAAUACAUUAUUUUUGGGUUCACAUAUUUGUACUUUUUAAGGACAAAAACGUAUUCAAACACAUUUUACUUCUACUGGUAUCAAAGACGAAGAUUUUACCAAAACAAAAUGUAUCAAAAGCCUAUGGCCAAAAAGAGACUAUCUGUGUUUAGAUUAGAGUUAGAUUGGUUGUAGAUAAUAGUCCUGGAAAAGCAAUGUUGACUUCUACAUGGUCGUUAAUUUCAAGCAUUUUGUCAUCUC